AAAUUAGCUCUGGGGUCACGUGGCGCCGCUACGUCAGAUGUAAACCAGGGGCAAGAUGGCGGCCGCCGGAGGAGAGCCUUCUGAGAUUGUAUCGGAUGAAUUAUUUCAAAACUUCUACACGGAGGUGAAGCAGAUCGAGAAGAGAGACUCUGUGUUGACCAACAAGCAGCAGAUAGAGAGGCUGCUCCGACCUGGAGCCUCCUACUUCAACCUCAACCCGUUUGAGGUGCUGCAAAUUGACCCCGAGGCAACAGAUGAUGAAUUGAAGAAAAGAUUUCGGGCGUUGUCCAUUCUGGUCCAUCCGGACAAAAAUCAGGGGGAUCAAGAUAGAGCACAGAAGUCCUUUGAAGCUGUGGACAAGGCAUAUAAACUCCUACUGGACCCCGAACAGAAAAAAAGAGCCUUAGACGUGAUCCAUGCAGGAAAGGAAUAUGUGGAGCAUAUGGUAAAAGAGAAAAGGAAACAGCUGAAGAAAGAAGGGAAGUCGCAGGAUAUGGAAGAGGAUGAUCCUGAAAUGUUCAAGCAAGCCGUGUACAAACAGACAAUGAAGCUUUUCGCAGAGCUUGAAAUCAAGAGGAAGGAAAGGGAAACAAAGGACAUGCAUGAAAGGAAACGGGCGAGAGAGGAAGAAAUCGAGGCAGCAGAGAAAACAAAGCGAGAGCGAGAAUGGCAGAAAAACUUUGAGGAAACAAGAGAUGGGCGUGUGGACAGCUGGAGGACCUUCCAGGCCAAAGGCAAGCGCAAGGAGAAGAAGAACAACAGAUCCUUCCUCAAGCCUCCAAAAGUCAAGAUGGAGCAGAGAGAAUGAUGACGUAAAACUGGACUGCAGUAGAUUAAAAACCCACUUGUACUAAAAGAAAAAACUCACUUCUGUGUAUCCUCACCUCGUCGUCUGCAGUUUAGCUGUGUAGUCGCCAUAAGGAUACUUGUCAUGCCCUCUUAGUUUUGUACUUGGGGUUUCUAAUGUACAUAUUUGUGAUCUGGACCCAGAGAUCAUACCUUCCUCGUGUCAGAGAGAUAAAUGAUGCAUCUUCCAUUUCUGUAACUGACGAGAAAAAUGCGUGGUUUGUCCUUAUGUUUGCUUUUUGUCCUUUAUUUUUAAAAAAAUUAAAUAAAGCUUGGUGUUAACAAGCCAAACGUUCAAA